UUUUUUUUUUUUUUAACAAAACACAGAUGUUUUUUUUGUUGUUGCUGCUCUGCAUGACAGAAAUCCUCCUUUGGUUUGGACCUUUGCACCUACCAGAGAAACAGAGAGGGGUGGUUUCGGCCACUGCACCACUCUCUGUUAGGAAUACAAAUGACUCCGCCGUGUCAAAAUGACCCACCUUUUACUAUCAUUUAUCCAGAAUAUUUCCACAGAAAUCCGAACACCAGAUACCCAUAAUACAACCCCGCGUUUAGCAUUGCCGUUAACCCCAUUGUCUGUGUCUGUUACCCCCUUUAAUGCUAAGCUAGCUGAGCUAACGGUGGGCUAUUCCCACUCAAUCCGCCCCCGACAAAGAUCAGCACUCACCGACUUCAGCUCCGCAGCCCGGUCCGCACCCACUCCUCGUCACCGGCCACCCUUUUCCACGCCGUGCCCGGUUGUCGGUGUCACUGACGCUGCUGCUGCUGCUGCUGCUGGAGCCGGAGCUUCUUCAACAUGGCUGCAGCUGGCAGGACGGACUGACAGGAGGAUAGGGGCCCAGCGUGGUCAAUACUACUGCGGGGGUUCCCACAUAUUAUUAGAAUCGCUGGUUGAUGGAGUUUGUGCGGCGGAGUGGUGACUACUGCCACGCCCAACACAUUUAGACCCCAUCUGGGAUGAAGCUGCACCAUGCAGUCUUGGGACCCUAAACCCUGAAUGACCAUUCCCUCUCAACCUCUGACCUAUCCAGCUAAUGGGGUAACAAGUGGAGCUUCGACACUGGAAGCUAAACUGGAGAGAGAAAUAAAGAGAGAGCUACUCGGACAGACAGAGAAGGACUAAAGCAGUGACAAUCAGAGAUAAAAAACAAAGACACUGAUACAGAGAGCUGGGACACUGUUGCCUCUUGGACUAUACGAUACAGUCGACCGAUGGGAUAAGAGAGUAUUCGAGACAACAGGAGCUCAGAAAAUAUCUUGAACUGCUACAGACAGUCUCGUAACAGGAAGUUACACAACAAACAGGAAGUCGAGAAUCACCUUGACACCUGAUAAAAGUUGAAGAAACAGCAGCUAACUGCUUCAGCUGAAGCUUAAGGUCAGAGGACGCCCUUGGAUUUCAAAGGUUACACUGGCCGCCAUGAAUCGUCCAGCUCCAGUGGAACUGUGCCACAAAAACAUGAGAUUCCUCAUCACACACAACCCAACAGAUAGCACACUCGGCGCCUUCAUAGAGGACCUGAAGCGAUUUGGUGCCACCAUAGUGGUCCGAGUCUGUGACAUCACCUAUGACAAAACACCAUUGGAAAAAGAUGGCAUUACUGUGGUGGAUUGGCCGUUUGAUGAUGGAGCCCCACCCCCCAGUAAGCUGGUUGAUGAUUGGUUGGGUCUGCUAAAGAAGAAGUUUCAGGAGGAUCCAGGAUCCUGUGUGGCUGUUCACUGUGUAGCUGGACUCGGAAGGGCUCCUGUGCUGGUUGCUCUGGCUCUGAUAGAGAGCGGGAUGAAGUAUGAGGAUGCUAUUCAACUCAUCAGACAGAAGCGCCGUGGAGCUAUCAACAGUAAACAGCUGACCUACCUGGAGAAAUAUCGAUCCAAGCAGAGACUCCGAUUUAAAGACUCUCACACACACAAAAACAAGUGUUGCACAAUGUGAACACACACGCAUGCACACACACACACACACACACACACACAUUUCCGCACACUCAGACAUUUCGUACACCUUGACAAAAAGCUCUCAGGAAUUCAACCAUACAAGCCUUGUGUCACUGUCACAUACAUACAUACAUACACACAUACACACACACAAUAACAUACGGGCUUCAACAGCCUGGACAUUUUUGAAUGUUUUUAAGCCGUUUCAUUAGAAGCCAUCUCUGUUCCCUGGUUUGUAAUAAUUUCUUGUCUUUUAAAGAGCAUUAUAUCAGCAUGUUUACUUCAGUAGGUAGUUUACUAAGGAGAGAGGUAG